AUGAAUUUAAUCCCAAAAGCAAAUUCAAUGUUAAUAUCUCAUCAAGCAUUUUCAAUUUCAUUAAUCUUAGAAAACAUAUUUUCUCAUGUAGCAUUACAAAGAGAUAUCCUUCCAUUUUGUUUGGUAAAUCGAUGGUGGAAUAAAUUAGCAACAGAAAGGUUAUGGUAUAGAUUUCAAGGAUUGAAAAAUGAUCAUAAAACGAAAUCAUUCAUGAAAUUUUUGAAGAUUUUACAACAAUCAAAUUUAUAUUACAAUGAUCCAAUAGAGAAUGCGGAUAAGAAAAGUAUUCAUCAAUAUGGUAGAUACGUUAAAGUGUUGGAUUUAGAAAAGUUAAAUAUUCAACACGACAAAUUAUUAGAAACCUUGGAUUGUUGCCCUAGGAUUGAACAAUUUUCAUUGGGGAACUGCAAGUUAAAUGAAGUUCAAUUUUAUGAUAUAUCAAAGAGGUUACCGGAAUUAAGAUUAUUUAAAUUUAAUGAAAUCGAGAUAAAUGAUGUCAAAGCUUUGGGAGCGAUAGCAAAUUAUUGUUUAAUGUUGGAAGAAUUAAAUUUAAAGAAAGAUAUAGCUUGUGAUUCAAAAGUUUUACUUGAUAUCACAAAGAAUUGUAAAAGGUUAACGAGGUUAGAUCUCGUGGAGAAAUAUUAUGAGGAUGAAAUCUUAUUACCAUGUUUAUCAAAUUGUCCUAAUUUAACAUCUUUAAACAUUCAUCGAUGCAUCAGCAUAUCAGAAUCCUUCCUAUUGAGUAUUUAUAAAUCAUGCCCAAAGUUAACCAACGUUACCGUGGCAAAUGUAUCAGAUAUUACGACCGAUUUCGCUAUUGAAACUUUUAAACAUUUUAGAAAUUUUAAAGUAUUAUCCAUACAAUGUGUUGAUAGGUACUUGGAAUCCAAAAUUGUAGCAGAUGAACGAUCAAUAAAUGUUCAAUUAUGUAAUGUGGAACUUGACAUUCCGUUAAAUAAGCUUAUUCUUGAAAUCAUUUGCAAAGGUAUAGAUCCAUUGACUAAAUUAGAAUUAUUUGGUGUUCAAGGACUUUCAAAAUUAGAGGUAUUGGAAAUAAUCCCGAAAUCGAAAAACAUUCGUUAUUUUUCAAUUAGAUUUUCUUCCUUCCCUAUUGAACUUUUAUUACAAGAAGAUACAAAUCAACUAUUUAAAAAUUGUUCUCAACUGGAAUUUAUUCAAUGGCAACUAUUACGUUACAACAGAUAUGACGAAGCCGCCGCCCAUUGA